CUAAUAACGUUCAUUUUCUUUUACAGGCGUAUCCAUGCAGGGAAACAACCUUAUCUAUGCUUGGCAGAAGGAUGUCACGAACAUUUUGCUCAAAAGAUUGCUUUAAUGAAUCAUCAUAAAGUAACUCAUCCAGGAAUACCAUUGCCGAAGCACUGUAUUGCCACCUUGGAUGGUUCCGCAAUAACAACAUCAGCAAGUCCAAAGAAGAGAAAGCAUUUUCAGCUUCAAUGGAGACCAUUGAAUCAGAUUGUACCUGGGCAGCAAAUUCCUUUCGUGACUUCCCGGAUUAAGCAGCAAAUGAAUCAUCAACCAUUGGUAGAUAAUGCUACUAUUAGAUUCGAAAUAGAGAAGGGAAAGACGGCUUCUUCGACUGAAUCAGACACAUUUCUUGGGUCUUUAACAUGUCGUACAUCCACCCAAUCUAUCUUAUCGCCCACUAUAAGCUCAACAAGUAGCAGUAUCAUUAGUAGCAGCAGCACAGACACUUCUUUGUCAUUCUCUUCGUUGUCAUCGCUAUAUUCAGCUUGUCCAAGAUUACCCCUUCAAUCAACAUAUCAACAAUCCCCUCUUCUUACCAUGGACAUGAAUAGCUCUGCAGAAAAGGGCUGUGUUUCCAUCAGAGAUAUUAAUGAUACUGAGAAUAAUACAAUGUUCGCUUGGCGGCCAUCUGUCCCUUCUUUUCAUAGCAUUUACCGUUCUGGUACUGACAUUACAGAACUCACCUCUUCAUUAAAAACUGUAAAUACCACUACAGCCGACACUAAUCCUGCCGUGUCAGUUAAAUUCCUACCUAGUAUUAAGACAUUCCUUUCAACAACAAUUUAAGACUUAUGCCUUGGCACUGCUUGCUAACCGAAACUAUAGCUUAAAAACCUACAUUUGUUCAUUCUAACUUAUUAUCAUGUUCUUUCCUUUAGAUAUCUAUGCUACACUUU